CGCAUUGUUUCCUGUACGGUUUCAAUCGAGUACGAACACAUCGACGAAUGUCGGCGAUAAAUAGAUGUUUUGAGCGUUUAAAAUGGGCUGCUGUGGACAAAAUGAUACUUUCGUGAGCCCAGUGGUCAAAUACAUCUUGUUUUUCGCAAAUUUCCUGUUUUGGCUAAUCGGCUGCCUGCUGGUUGCCGUAGGGAUAUAUGCCUUUAUUGAGAAGAACCGCUUUUCUCACGUAGACAUCCAGAAUGUGUAUGAUAUCAUCUUUGACCUGUCGAUCAUCUUCAUCGUCGUGGGCAUUAUCAUCUUCUUCCUGGGCUUCUCAGGAUGUGUGGGCGCUCUCAGGGAAAACACAUGCCUUCUCAAGUUUUUCUACAUAAUUAUCAUCAUCAUCUUCCUGCUGGAGGUGGCUGGGGCUGUGCUGGCAUUUGUGUUCCGAGACAAGGCCAAAGAUUUCGUCAUCAGUGUUCUUCAGCAAAACCUCAUCACCCGAUACGAGGACGACCCAGAUGCACAGAACUUUAUUGAUUUUGUGCAGGAAAAUGUCCGAUGCUGUGGUGUCACAAGUAGUGGGUACAAGGACUGGAACUCCAACCCAUACUACAACUGUACUGAGCUCAACAAGAGUAGACUGCGGUGCUUUGUACCCCACUCCUGCUGCAUCAACCAGAACUCCAUCUCAGAUGGGGUGCCAAAUAUACUCUGUGGAGCUGAUGCCCUUCAGGAAUCUGCAACUAAGGCAGGUCAAUCUGUGUACACCAUGGGCUGUGUUGAUGCCAUGAUCAAGCUGGCUGAGGACAACUUGCCUCUUCUUGGGGGUAUCAUCAUAGCUGUCACAGUGCCACAGUUAAUUGCCAUCUGCUUGUCCCGGAUGUUGGAGGGCCAGAUCUUGGACCAGCUAGCAAGAUGGCGUCGGCAGAGAUGAUAGGGAGGAGGGUUACCGCUGCCUUAUGUACAAACACAUAUCUAACAUUCCACAGUGGCCAGCACUGCCAGCCCACUCUAUAAACUCACACCUGCAAGGGGGGCAGCUUACUAACAAAUUGUCCUUUAGUAUUUAAAAAGGAAAGUUAAUGGUUUUCUGACAUAACUUUGAUAUUGAGUCAUUGAAUCAAUUUUUGUUGAUGAGGAUGUUGAAGCUGGACGUUCAGUUAACUCAAUAUUCCUGUUUCCAUUUAGAUUUUGUUCUGUGUUGCUACCAGUCAUCUUUGAAGAUCUGUGUGAGUGUAGACAAAACACCAAUUCCAAGCUUGUGAUAAUAUUUACCAUGCACUUUGAAAUUGUCAAGUAACAGAGAUAUUAAUAGUUUUAAUUAUUAUUUUGUUGUCAAGCAUAAUUUUGUAUAUUAAAAAUAUGUGAUUUCUGAGUGUGAGAUUGAUGUCAUAUGGGAUUUUGUAUAUCAUUUUGAAAUAGAGCAAUGUUCUAUUACUGGUAUGCUAAUGCAGUGUACUGUAUUUAGAUAGAUACAAUGGUAUAGAGGUUGCUAUGACAACACUGUUGCCACCAGGCAUUCAGUCAUAGAGGUAAGACAAGCUUCAGUCAGUACCCUGUAAAUUAUUAAUGUAAUAGAAGAGUAAAUCAGUAAACAUUCCAUUAACAUUUUGCAGUUUUACCUUGAUUUGUUCACAACAGUUCCUGUCUGACUUGAUAUAUCUAUGUACAUAUAAAUUGUUUUAAAGUCAUAAUCAAGAGUUCAGGAAUUGUAUACUUGGUCUGUUAACAAUACUGCAGCUAGUGUUUGUGGUGUUUGGUUGGUACAUAUGUAUAUCUGCAUACUUGUAUUGGGCUUCUCAUAAAGGGAUUGUUCGGUGAACAGGAACAAGCUUGUGUAAGGGAGACAACUCUACAAAUAGUGAAAUUAUAUUUGUCAUAGUUCUUAAUAUGUUCAAAGUAUUAUCGUAAAAUAUGAUUUACGCUUCAUAAACAUGGAACUUGCAUGUAUUGUGCUUUGGGUUUUGGAAAAAAACACAAUGAAUUUUGAAAGGUAAUCAUUUGUGAUUUCUCUCCCAUCUGAGUUGUAUUUAAUCACCACAAUUCCAUAUGUAGACUUCCACAAAGCAGUGGAAGUGCCAUGUUGUGAUGGAAGAUAAUAUCUUCUGUACAUGCAUGAUGUGAGGUGAUACAUGAUGAAGUCCCCACAUCUCCUGUAUGUGCAUGAUGUGAGGUGAUACAUGAUGAAGUCCCCACGUCUCCUGUAUGUGCAUGAUGUGAGGUGAUACAUGAUGAAGACCCCACAUCUCCUGUAUGUGCACGAUGUGAGGUGAUACAUGAUGAAGUCCCCACGUCUCCUGUAUGUGCACGAUGUGAGGUGAUACAUGAUGAAGACCCCACAUCUCCUGUAUGUGCAUGAUGUGAGGUGAUACAUGAUGAAGCCCCCACGUCUUCUGUAUGUGCACGAUGUGAGGUGAUACAUGAUGAAGCCCCCAUGUAUUCUGUAUGUGCGUGAUGUGAGGUGAUCCAUGAUAAAGUCCCCACGUCUUCUGUAUGUGCACGAUGUGAAGUGAUGCAUGAUGAAGCCCCCACGUCUCCUGUAUGUGCAUGAUGUGAGGUGAUACAUGAUGAAGCCCCCACGUCUCCUGUAUGUGCAUGAUGUGAGGUGAUACAUGAUGAAGUCCCCACGUCUCCUGUAUGUGCAUGAUGUGAGGUGAUCCAUGAUAAAGUCCCCACGUCUCCUGUAUGUGCAUGAUGUGAGGUGAUCCAUGAUGAAGUCCCCACGUCUCCUGUAUAUGCGUGAUGUGAGGUGAUACAUGAUGAAGUCCCCACGUCUCCUGUAUAUGCGUGAUGUGAGGUGAUACAUGAUGAAGCCCCCACGUCUCCUGUAUGUGCAUGAUGUGAGGUGAUACAUGAUGAAGUCCCCACGUCUCCUGUAUGUGCAUGAUGUGAGGUGAUCCAUGAUGAAGGCCCCACGUCUCCUGUAUGUGCGUGAUGUGAGGUGAUCCAUGAUGAAGUCCCCACGUCUCCUGUAUGUGCAUGAUGUAAGGUGAUACAUGAUGAAGUCCCCACGUCUCCUGUAUGUGCAUGAUGUGAGGUGAUACAUGAUGAAGGCCACAUUUCCAGAGAAUAUUGUUGAGUGCUUCAUAUUAGAGUUGCACUUAUUACACCACUGCCUCCUACAUAUAAAGUGUAUGCAUGUUUUGUGGAAUGUUGAAUAUGUAGACCUUGUUUGGGAAAUGUGUAAUUAUUGUAUAACUGUGUGACAAUACAAGGUGCAGGAAACCUUGCCUGCCACACACAGCUGUCAGUGUAUCAGUCAGGCCACAACACUGUUCACAGAGUUCAUACAAGUCAGUGGUCUGUGGACAUGUAACUGGAAGAGAGUUCAUGCAGGAAGCCACAGUGUCUUACUGCCAACAUGGAGGAGAAAUGCUUUGAAUUCUUUGUAGCACUUUAGUCACCAGUUUGCUGGCACUGGAUUUUGAAAUACUCGUCAUUUUUGUAGAGAUUAGCACUUUUGCUUGAGACAGCCUUUUUUCUGUCUUGCCAUCUAUUGCUUGCCCAUCUAUUGUGCCUGUUGUCACCACUUUGUGUAUGUGUCUUUGUGGACGUCCAUGGUGCUUCUGUAUCCAACAUGAUCACAGCAGACAGGAGUAUUAUGAUUAUUUGCUUAACUAUGCAAUGUUUAUCUUUCCAGAGAUUACUUUACCAUCACUACCAUUUUCACUAGGAGAAUCUCAUGUAUCAGCUCCCCUCAAUGAAAGUCAAGUGAGCUUAUGUCAGCACCUGUUUGUUGUAGAUCAGAAACAGCUAUAACUUCAUUUACUUCAAGAGGUCUGAAUCCAACUAUCAGUCUUGCUUCCUUGACAGCCAUUUUAAAGACCCUCUUUAUGGCAGUUAGUCAGACAUUUUUGUUUUUCAAAAUGUUUUGAAAUAAUUUUCUAAUUGUGUAGUUCAUUGUGUUUUUAAAACAAAACCUGUUUGUGGUAUUUCCAUUGUACAUUUUCCUUGAUUGGACCUUUUCUCUUCCACCAUACCAAAAGCUAAGACUUUCAAAUUACCACUCUUCAGCCAUGUACAUGUUACUUAGUAAUGGAACUUGACUCUCAGAUUUUAACCUUUCUUCACUUUGGCCAACCUCACAAGAUCCAUGCACUGUAAAGAUCUUCUUUUCUUACGAACGCAGCUGGAGAUUCCCCCAAUGAUGUCUCGUGAAUUUGUUCAAGAGGUUCGAAUCUCAUUUUCAACAUUGGUCUUUGCUCGCAGUGUUGAACAAACUACUUAUUGCUGUUGUACAGUCAUUGUUCUCCAAAAUGUAAUGAAAUUUGAUAAAUGUUUAGUGGAAAAUGCAUUUUAGAAUAUUUCUGGUUUUCUUAGUGUUUUUUGUUUGUUAAUACAGUAUAUUAUUUUCUUUGUGACAUUUUUUACUGUUGAACCUGAUUUUACUACUGCCCACAAACAACCCCUUAUAGCCAUUGCGCUGACAUUGUCAAGAAAGUUGGUUUAUUUCAUGAUGAGAUUCAAAACAUAUGUUCCAUUUUUUGUAUCCAUUUAAAUUUUGACCGUACUUUGAACAACAACUUACAUUUAGUUAAGAUGUCUUUCUCAGUUCUUUCCCUGGAUACUCAAGACUGAGGAAUCUGAACUUAUCAUAUGUGUUCAGAUCAUUAAGAUUUGAUGUCCGAUUUUUAUUUAUUAAGAAAACAUUUAAAUAUGCACUUUUUGGAAGUGUAUUUUCUUGUUGAUGUUUUAGACUGUUGACUGCAUAUCCCAUUGAGUGCAGUGACACAGUAUUUUGGAUUCUGUUAAUAUACGUAUAUAUUUGAAAUAUUUAGUAGUAUUUUAGAACUUGGAAUUUUACGGUUUGAGAAAUUCUGAAAAUGAGCGGGUUGAAUGUAGGUUGCUGGUUUGCUCCUUAAUCAUACAGUGUUGAAGACAAGAGGUUCAAUGUGUCAGUACACUGGUAGUCAUGGGUAGGUCACUAGCAACCGCAGAUAGGAGGGAACAGCUGUAUUUUAUCUCUUGUUACUCUGUUAAUUUGAAGUUAUGUAUAUACAAUAUUGUUUCACUCAUGCACUGUUAUCAAGUGUUUAAUGUGUUGAUAUUUUGGGCCACUCUUGUAUCAGUGGAGGAAUGAGCCACAGUUUUAUGGAGAACAUGUCUGCCACUGUAUCCAGGCAUUUAAGGGCAAACACCAGGAACAGGAGCAGUGCUCUCCUCACAAGUAUACCUGUGUAUCGGGGCUACCACAUGGCAGGUAGGUGUGUAGCCUACCGGACUUGGCUGCCACUUGUGCAAGACUUUCCUUUCUCACUUCUGCUGAUUUAUGUACAGGUUGUAACACACACAGUUUGAAGUAAACAAUGUAUUUGUGUACAAUGGGCAAACAAAACCAUCAUAAAUCAGUUUAUUUACAAACUAAUAUGUGUGAAGAAAGUUGAUAGCCAAACAGUAUAACAACACUGCAUAAUUACCAAAUUAGCUUUGUCAUCUAGCAUGUGUUUUGUUGGUGAAUAUAGACAUGAUGUACACCCAGUAUGUGAACUCAGAAAAAUGCACAACAUGUGCAGCAUGUUACAUAUUGUAACUCACAUGUAUGUUAUGAUAUAGUGUAACAUGACUCUCCUCGUUACAUCACCCCAGUAGUUCUACACCAGCAGUCAUGACAACCACCCCUACAUGCUCAGUAUUGGCUGUGUUGUGAGUGUAACAAAUGAACAGAAACAGGGAUAUGAGACAGAUGGUAAUACUUCACAGAUGUGCUGUUGUUACAUAGGAGAUUUACAUGAUCUACUUUAAAAAGGUCUGCAAUAGUUCAAUGAUUUUAUGCUCAUUUUCCUGUGCUGGGUUAUGUUUUUGUGUGUGUUGACUGAAUGAAAUAUGUCAAAUAUUGACGUGGAUGUUUCUCCUUUUUAACGUUCCAGUAUGUAGGAGUUUCUAUCUUGUCUUUGUGAUAUUACUUGACUCAGUGUUAUGUAGUGGAAGAAUUCUGGCUCACUUCUGAAGACCACUCUGGUCGGAAGAAAGUGCAGGUUAUACUCUCUCAUUCAUCUCUGCCACUUUAGAUUUUUGUGACUGUCCUGUGAAGUGUAUACCUCUACUGCUAUAUAACCACAUGGUACUAUGCUGUGUAUACUGUAGAUCUGUAUCUGUAUCGGCCGGUUGAGUGUUCUGCUACUGUGUUCUAGCUACUGGCAGUACUGGGGGAGUUCGGCAACUUGACGAUCCAGCCCAUGGUGUAUUAUACAGAUUAUGCAACAGGAACCUGUGUACAAUUUAUGACGUUUUUAUUGUAUUGCUCAGAUGUGUAUAUAAUUGAAUUUUAAUGAUUAUGAUAUACAUUAUUUUUCUAUUUGACAAAUCUGUACGAUCAUGUAAUAAUAUAAUGUUUGACAAUAAACUGUAAUCAAUAUGCAUCA